UCCUGUUCGUGCUCGCCUACGACUACGCCUUACCUUCUGUUCUCUCCUUACCUCGUCUUCCUUGUGCCUUGCCUUGCUUUGCCUCGCUCUCUUGACAAGUAGCCGUUGAUCGUCAUAUCCCCAUUACUCGUCCUCUCCGUCACGGCACUCUCACAACACCAUGGCUGCUGAGGACAGUCCAACACAACCAGUCGUCGACGAGAAGACCGCCCAGGACCCCGUGCGUUCUCAAUCGUUGGCGUCAGAUAGGCCCCAGGAGGACGAGGCUGCCGCUCUCGAAAGAGUCACCAGCCAGGCCGAUGUCUAUCCACAAGGUCUGAAAUUGGUGUCGGUCCUCCUGAGCAUUUAUCUAUCCGUAUUUCUCGUGGCGCUGGAUCGGACUAUCAUUGCCACGGCACUCCCAAGAAUUACCGAUGAAUUCAACAGUUUUGGUGAUAUUGGCUGGUACAAUGCUGGGUUUUUGCUGCCCACUACUGCUCUCCAACUCUUCUUCGGACGUCUAUACACAUUCUACUCGCCAAAGUGGAUUUUUAUGAGCCUGGUCGGCGUCUUCGAAAUUGGUUCGGCUGUCUGCGGUGCCGCACCGAACUCGAUCGGCUUCAUCUGGGGACGAGCUGUGGCAGGACUCGGUGCUGGGGGUUUGUUCAACGGAGCCAUGAUCUUGAUGAUGUACGCAGCUCCUCUGGAAAAACGUCCCACUUACAUGGGCUUGCUUGGUGCGGUUUUUGGUGUAGCCUCCGUGGCAGGACCACUGUUGGGAGGUGUCUUCACCACCAGUGUCACCUGGAGAUGGUGCUUCUACAUCAAUCUGCCAAUCGGUGCCUUGGUCUUGGUCUUUCUGUUCUUCGCUAUUGACAACACCAAGCCGGCCCUCGGCGACCUCCCGUUCAAGGAGAAGCUCCAGCGGGUCGAUAUUCCCGGCACUCUCAUCUUCAUCCCCUGUAUGGUAUGUCUUCUUCUGGCGCUACAAUGGGGCGGACAACAGUAUGCAUGGAGUGAUGGCCGCAUCAUUGCCCUGUUUGUCCUGUUCGGCGUCUUACUCAUGGUGUUCAUUGCCAUUCAAAUCUGGCGGCAAGAGUCAGCAACCGUACCACCACGCAUCAUGAUGAAGAGAACGAUUGCUGCGGGCAUGUUCUACGCCUUCUGCCUGGGUGCCUCGUUUAUGCUCAUCGUCUACUAUUUGAGCAUCUGGUUUCAGGCCAUCAAGGGCGACUCUGCCAUCAGAGCUGGUAUUUCCACUCUUCCAUUCAUCCUGGCGCUGGUCAUAGCAUCCAUCAUUUCCGGAGUUUUCGUCAGCCGGAUUGGUUAUUAUAUGCCAUCCAUCAUUGCCGGCGGUAUCUUGACACCCAUUGGUGCUGGACUGUUUACUCUUUUUGAUAUAAACACAUUGCACCCCAUGUGGAUUGGUGUUCAGGUCCUGUACGGCUUUGGUGUCGGCCUAGGUCUUCAGCAGACCAACAUUGCCGCUCAGGCUGUUUUGGACAAGAAGGACGCUCCGACCGGAGUUUCUGUCGUGUUCUUUGGACAAGGUCUUGGAGGUACCAUUUCCGUUGCAAUGGGCCAAAACAUCCUCGACAACAAAUUGAUAUCAGGAUUGAAGGGCGUCAAUGGUAUUCGACCCCAAGAUGUUGCAAGUACUGGCGCGACUAGCCUACGCAAAGUCUUCACAGCCCAACAACUACCGAUGGUUCUCAAGGUCUAUAACCACUCACUCGUGAUUGUCUUCUAUGUUGGACUGGCAUUUGCAUUGGCAGCGCUGAUGGGCGGCAUCUGGAUGGAAUGGAAGAGCGUAAAGAAACCAAAAGCCGAUAACAAGGAAGCCCCAAGAGAUGAGGAGGCUGAAUCCUCGACAUGAGAGAUCAUUACUCCUUGACCACAUCCGAAAAGCAAGGUGUCAAAACCAGCCAUAUGCUACAAGCAUACCGACAAAGUUAUGGUCUUCAGGACACAAAACUGUUGAUACCAGAACAUAUCUGAACAGACGCGAGACUUUGUCUCUAUCGACUGCCGAGGGGACAGAUCUGAACAGACACCAUUACACGCCAGCGACAUCAUUUCGACUGGAUGAUGAAGCUGAAUUGAAGUCGGAAAAGUGCAAUACUUGAUGCCAUCAUAUGUUGGCUCAAGUCAUCAUUUUACGAUCUGGUUUGCGAGCAGGCCGACAAUGUGCACCAAUCGUAUACUUGGGUGUGUGCCUGCCAUGGCGAUGCCAUGCUAUGGCCAACGUCAAUUGACAUACUCGGUUCGGCUUCCCAGCCCACCAGUAUUUCGGAGACAACUGUAUGAUAUUUACUGAGGGAGCUGGCCUGUGAGGUAUUGAAACUCUACUCAAGCUAAUGGGCCUCUUUUGCGUAUACGCAUAAGCAACCCAACAAAAUUCGCC